UAGACUGACAUGUGGGACAAUCACUGGCAAUAAUUUCAUUCUUUUUACAAUUACAUAGGACGUGGAGGCUGCUGGUGCUUGGAAGGAAGCCAUGGAUUUCCAAGCUGCUAUCGAAGCUGAUGUCAGUGAUGAUGAAGAUGGUGGUCAGGAAUCUGUGCCUUGUCAGACCAAAAGUCAAUUCACCCAAGUGAAUAGGCGAAUUCGGCGACCAAAGCAUCGUUCGAUGAGGGUGCAGACAAAUUAUGAAAAACCAAAGACCAAGGUGACAGUCUCAAUAGGAACACAAACAGAUGAAAAGGUGUGCAGCAUUUCCAGCAUUGAUGUCAAGCCAAAUGUUUCCUCAUCAGGAACACCAACUGGAACUGACCCUGACCACCUUCCAAACAUAGCCACAGGAAAUUGCCCUCAAGCCAAAUCAGCUUCAAAUGAAAUGGAGGAUGGACCUGGGUCAGAAUCGUCUGAUGAUGAAUCUCUUGAAGAUACGGUUGAUCCCCUUGACAAGAGCUAUGAACCAGCAGAGAGCGACAUCAGCAGCGAGGAGGUCUCUGAUGAAGAAUUCAACUUCAUUGAUAAUGAGAAUGAGAAAGAUGAUCCACACUGUCAGACGAAGUACCUGGUGUUCCACUCGAAAUUGAUGGAACUCUUCAAGAUAUGUCCUGUAUGCUGUUCCCCAGCCAAGAGACACAUCAGGACCCUAGGGACAUAUCUAUCCAUUAAGCAAUGUUGUUCCAAUAAACUAUGUUCUUUUGAAAGAUUUUGGGAGAGCCAACCAUUUAUCAACCGUAUUCCAGCUGGAAACUUGCUGCUCUCCAGUGCCAUCCUCUUCGCCGGUUCAACUGCAGCCAAAACUCUGAAAGUCUUCAGUUAUCUUGGAUGUCAAGCGAUAAAACGGGGCACCUUCUACCAGCACCAGAGGCAAUACCUGUGGCCGGCAGUGAUGACAGUGUGGCGGGAGAACCAGCAGGAAGUGUUGCAGGAAGUGAAAGAUUCCAGGAAGCCAGUUGUUGUUGGAGGGGAUGGUAGAUCAGACAGCCCAGGGCAUUGGGCAAAAUACGGCUCCUACUCUCUCCUGGAGUUGAAUGUCAACCGCAUUUUGGAUGUGCAAUUAGUUCAAUCGAAUGAAGAGGGCGUCAACCAUAGUGUUAACAUGGAGAAGGAAGGGUUGAUUCGAUGUGUUAGAUACCUGGAAACGGAGGAUGUCACUAUUUCAAAAAUAGUGACUGAUCGGCAUAUCCAAAUCAACAAGUGGCUCAGAGAAAAUCUACCGGAUACAGACCAUCGUUUUGACGUCUGGCAUUUGGCCAAGAGUUUGAAGAAGAAGGUUGACAAGGCUUCAAAGGAGAAAAACUGUGGGAUUUUAGAGGAGUGGCGGAGGUCUAUAAUCAAUCACCUUUACUGGUGCGCUGCAACAACUCCAGAUGGGGACCCAAAUAUGAUGCUGGCCAAGUGGUUGUCGUUGGACAACCACAUGCACAACAAACACAAAGGACAUGGAGGGGUAUAUCCGAAGUGCGGCCAUGGUCGAUUAGUUGGGCGGCAGAAGGGCACGAGGUGGCUUGAACAAGGAUCGGCAGCAUCAGUGAAAGCUGGCAACAUUAUUGACAAUGCCUACUUCAAACCGGCUGUGAAGAAAAUGUCUCCUGGCGAACAGACGUCAAGUAUUGAGGCAUAUCACAGUCUCAUCCUCCAUUUUGCCCCCAAAAUGACAGCAUUCAGCUUCAAAGGGAUGCUAUGCAGGCUUCUCCUGUCAGCGCUACAUUAUAACGAAAAUGGUGACAGGGAGCAGGCAACGCCUGAGGACGGGAAACUAAGAUGGUCAGUAACCUUCAUCAAAUCCAAGAAAGGUGGUUACUCAGUGAGACCAAUCAAGGACGAUUCUAGUCAUGUGAAGAUAUGCAAUGUUUGUCGUGUUUUCUGUAGAGGCCGUGGGCAGAAAGAUAGCAGCCAGGAUGAAAGGCCAGCAAAAGCAGAUUUGGUGAGCCGCAAUGAUGGAUUGCACCCAACUUUGGAAGGAAGUAAGGUGUUGACGCAGCUUGUGAAGAUUACUCUCAAGCUACCGGGGGCUCGUACAUCUAAAGUUGAAGAUGUGGUUGUUCGUUAUCCAUAUUCGUUCUGCCAGCCGUCACACAGUUCUCCGUUUUCUUCGCUCAACAUACUCGACAGCUCGCGGGAUCGGCCAUGA